GUUUCAGGGCACCCCAGGGGUCGAGGCCUCCGGGACUAGAGACUGGGAUGAGACAAGGUGGAGCAGGAAAAGAGUGAGUAAACAACCCUGCUGUUAACAUUUAUUUGAACUGUGAAUGUGCCAGAGUGACAAGGCUUGAGAAGAAGUUCCGGCCAUUGUGUGGAGACCAGGAUCAAAGACGUGGUACUUUAUUAAGGUUGUGACUACAUUCUCCUGACACUUGGCAAGCAUGAAUUUCAGCAGCCGUCUCUAUAGUAUUGGGGAAGAGCUGGGCAGUGAAGACCUGGACUCCCUCAAGUUCCUGUGCAACGACUUUAUCCCACAGAGGCAGCAGGAACCCAUCAAGGAUGCUUUGAUGUUAUUCCAGAGACUUCAGGAAAAGAGAAUGUUGGAGGAGGACAACAUGUUCUUCUUGAAGGAGCUGCUUUUCCAAAUUAAGAGAUUUGAUCUUUUGAUAAAGUUCCUGCAUACCAACCCGAAAGACUUGGAGCAGGAGCUCCAGAUACCGGGCAGGGCUCAGAUCUCUGCCUACAGGGUUAUGCUUUUUCAGAUUUCAGAAGAAUUCAGCAAAAAUGAAGUGAAGCAGUAUAAGUUUUUGUUGAGUGAGUUGAUUUCCAAAUGUAAACUGGAAGAAGACAUGAACUUGCUCGAUAUUUUCAUAGAGAUGGAAAAGAGGGACAUCCUUGGGAAAAACAACUUGGAAUAUUUGAAGAAUAUCUGUUGCAUCAACAGGAGUCUGCUGAAGAAGAUCGAUGACUAUGAACAAUGUGAAGUUGAAAGGUCGAUGGAAGUGCUGACAAUAUGUGAUUCUUCAGGACAACAGGGAAGUCAGCUGCAGACAUCAGACCCUGUUUACCAAAUGAAAAGCAAACCUCGGGGAUUCUGUUUGAUCAUUAACAAUUAUGAUUUCAACGUGGCACGAAAAAAUGUACCCAAACUUUGCCAGAUGAAAGACAGAAGUGGUACAGAUGCGGAUGCAGUGAAAUUGAAUAGUACCUUCAGUGAUCUUCAUUUUGAAGUAGUGAACUACAGAGACUGCACAGCAGAGAAAAUCUGUGAGAUUUUGAAGGACUUCCAAGGCAAGGACCAUAGUGAAAAGGACUGUUUCAUUUGCUGCAUUCUCUCUCAUGGAGAUAAAGGCAUCAUCUAUGGCACUGAUGGGCAGGAAGCCUCUAUCUACACAGUGACCUCUUUCUUCACUGGUGAAAACUGUCCUUCCCUUCGAAACAAACCCAAAGUCUUUUUUAUUCAGGCUUGUCAAGGAGAGAAGUACCAAAAAGGGGUAGCUAUUGAAAGUGACUCAAAUCAGAAGGAGCUGUGCUUAGACACGGAUGCGUUCACUCAGAUGUAUAUCCCAGAUGAAUCUGACUUUCUGCUGGGGAUGGCCACUGUGUUCGACUGUGUUUCCUAUCGAGACUCCACAAAGGGGACAUGGUAUAUCCAGUCGCUUUGCCAGCACCUUAGAGAAGGAUGUUCUAGGGGUGACGAUAUUCUUACCAUUCUCACUAAAGUGAACUAUGAAGUGAGCACUAUGGAUGACAAGAAACGUAAUGGGAAACAGAUGCCACAACCUACAUUCACACUGAGAAAAAAACUCAAGUUCCCUCUGAAUUGAUGCUCUUGUUUUGUUUCCUAAUACAAUGCUAAAUUUAUUUGCUAUCAAGAGUCUAUUUUGCCCUUGUAUUUUUCUGUUAGACAGAAGCAGGGAGAUGGGAGUCAGGUAAUCUAAUCUAAGAAUGUAAGCACAGUAAAGCCUAAAUGCCUGGCUUCAUAAUUGUUAGAGACUUUGGAGCUAUAAGUAUGAUCUUAAACAUAUUUGGGGAGAAUGUCCUGACCCCAUGCCAGGCUGUCUUCAACGGGGCACCUCGGAGCGGGGUGGGUUGAGUUUCACUCCCUGCCCCAAGCAGAACCCCGGCGGCUGAAAACCUCCAGAACUCGUGCUCCAGGCCGCUAUGCUUCUUUUUCUCCCGGAGGGGAAUGUAACAUGAAGUCUGCCAUAGCCAUGCCAUCGGACUCCUCGCCAGGCUGUUUCACUCGGGGUACCCCAGAACCCUCUCUGCCCCAAGGGACCCAGCCCCUGUAGCCAAAAACCUCCAGGACCCAACCGCCGCCAUGCUCAAGGCCACUCCCCACACGCUCGGCCGAACCUCACCCAUGAGUGAAGUCCCACAAAAGCCAGGUAAUGCGGAACUUUGUGACCUUGAACUCUGGGCUUAACAGGACCGGGAACGGAGAUCUUCUUCCCUUUUCCCCCAGUCUACAGUGACCCAGGGGUCACACCCAUAAACUACCUCCUGCUGGCGCCAGAUAUUCUCAUCAUCAGCCACCAUCCAGAUCACAUGGCUCUUUCUCCCGGGAGGGAGCAUAACAUGAAACCUGUCAUAGUUAUGCCACUGGAUUCUGCGCCAGGCAGUUUCACUUGGGGCGCCCCAGAAGGGGCGGGUGAGAGCGCUCCCCUCCCCAAGGGACCCAGCCCCAGCAGCUGAGUACCUCCAGAUCCAACUGCCACCAUGCUCAAGGCCACUCCCAACCUGCUCAGGCCAAGCCUCAUGCAUGAGUGAACAUAUUCUUGGACCAUGCAGCUGCAUUCGCAGCCAGGCAACACAUCAUAAGACAUUCCCUACCUAUUUUCCAUAAGUACCACACCACAUUUGAUGGGGUUCAGAUAGUA